UUUUUUUUUUACAAUCCCGCCAAUUGUUGUCAUAUGACACUUUAAUCCUCCGCAAUUGUUCCGUCCCAAAACCGCGACCGCUACCAAACAAAACCUUCGAGAGUCCACCGCCUGAGAAUUCUGUAUUUAUAGAAGGAUCCCCAUCUGGGUUUUCAUUCUCAGCUGGUGAUUCUUCAAUUUUCUUCUUUUUCAGCAGAAAGAUGGGCAGUGUGGAACAAGUUUGUGAAGAUACAAAUAUGACAGCUGAAACAAUGGAGAAGUGUACAUUGAAAUGUUCAAAGGAAGGGAAAGGGAAUAGAUUGUGGAAAAAGGUGAAGUAUCAGCUGGUAGAGUACCACUCAUUGCCUGGAUAUUUGAGGGACAAUGAGUAUAUUGUGGGCCAUUAUAGAUCAGAAUGGCCCAUGAAGCAGGUUUUGCUGAGCAUCUUCACCAUUCACAAUGAGACUUUAAAUGUUUGGACGCAUUUGAUUGGGUUCUUCAUUUUCCUUUCCCUUACCAUAUACACUGCAAUGAAGGUUCCAAAAGUUGUUGAUCUUCACUCUCUGCAGCAUAUUCCUGAUGUAUUGAGAAAGGCUGAUAUACACACACUUCGGGAGGAGUUAAAGACUACUUUCCCUUCAAUGGAUUUGAUUCCUUCGCUCUCAGGUUGGCAUGUUAUGGAACUUCUAUAUAAUUGUUUACCUGAGCGUUUCUCCACUGGAAAUCACACCGAUGUUUGUGUUCUGCAAAGUGUGAAGGAUGAGGUGGCAAAUAUAAUAGCACCCCUGAUGCUGAGACCGAUAACACGAUGGCCUUUUUUUGCCUUCUUGGGUGGUGCAAUGUUUUGCUUGCUAGCUAGCAGCACAUGCCACCUCCUUUCUUGCCACUCUGAACGCCUAUCAUAUAUCAUGCUCAGGCUAGACUAUGCUGGGAUUGCCGCUCUUAUAUCUACCUCCUUCUAUCCUCCUGUGUAUUACUCCUUCAUGUGCAACCCAUUCUUCUGUAACCUCUAUAUGGGAUUUAUAACGGUCUUGGGAGUCGCAACAAUUGUGUUUUCCUUAUUACCGGUGUUUCAGAAUCCUGAGUUUCGCAGCAUUCGUGCAUCCCUUUUCUUUGGCAUGGGCAUGUCUGGGAUAGCACCCAUUCUUCACAAGCUUAUCUUGUUCUGGCACCAGCCUGAGGCACUUCACACAACUGGGUAUGAGGUUCUGAUGGGGCUUUUGUAUGGUAUCGGAGCUUUAGUCUAUGCCACAAGGGUUCCAGAGCGGUGGAUGCCUGGAAAAUUUGACAUUGCUGGGCACAGCCACCAACUUUUUCACAUCUUGGUUGUUGCUGGGGCAUACACUCAUUAUCGUGCAGGAUUGGUUUACCUCAAAUGGCGGGAUCAAAAUGCAUGCUAGAGAAAUGAUAUUAGACAAUAAUUGAUUAGUGGCGACGGAGUAUUCCUCUGUUUGUAAGUUCUUUCUAGUUGGACAGAAGUAGGUGCAAUGUAUCGAUGCAGUUGGAAUAUGUUCAACUCAUUGUAACAAUUGCAUAUCCUUCAUAAAUCUUUUGUCUCAAAGUCAUGAACCAUCCAGUUUCAUCUUUAAUAUAUGUUAUACAAGUGCAAAUACCCGUAAGUUUCUUGCACAGAAACUACAGGAUUUAAGUUGCAUGUGGCCAGAGGCAAGAGCUUCGUCCAUGUUUCUGAGGUUCAUAAUUGAUGUCAGGUAUCAGACAUGCUAAAUUACCCUCAUUAACAUACAGCCUGUACAAUUAUAAUUGGGGUGAAAUUUGUGGUCCAAAGCCAGCUUAUGGAUUGAUAUGUUUCAAUGCUGCGAUGAGGAUGUACAAUUUCUUCAUGCUUCGGCAGCCAUACAACUGAAUGCUAAGCAUUUUCCUCAUGCUGUUAGCGUGCAAAAUCUCUACAUUUUGAAUCAAGUUGAAGCUCCAUGUACUAGCCCCGAUUGUCAGAGGCUCACAUGUCGAAGGGCCCUAGCAAUGGCCUGAACCGUCACUCUGUCUGCAGGUACCUCUUACAAUGUCAUCGUCACUCAUACAAACAACAAAAAAUGCUUUCCUCACGUUCACAACAACAAAAAUAAGUGACAUAACAAAAUCAAUUUAAAAAUUUUAAAUUGCGAACUUAUUUCACUGUGGGCUUUUGUUUGAGAUUUUUUUGCUAACCACUCAUAUUUUAUUUUUAUAUGGGUCCAGGUCCAGAUCUUAAGAUUCAUCGUAGUCGUAACAAAAUCCUUUUGAAAGCAUGGAAAAUAAAGCGUCCUCAAAUCUU